UUGGUGUACACUCCACAAAUUUAUGGUGGUUUUGUCCUCUCACACAUACAACUGAUAUGCUCUCUCUCUCUCUCUCUCUUUCUCUAAAGCUUCAAACUUGCAGAGCCAGCAAAAGAGAGAGAAAGGCCGGUGCUUCCGCUUCUGAUCGAUCUAUAAUCAGCACUCUCUUCUCUUGAAGCCUUGAUUGGUAUGUCUCUCUAGUUUUUUAGAUUCUUCUGAUACUAGCUUACUGGGUAUUGAUAAGGAGCUCAUAAUCAAGCUAGCUACUUUCUCAUCUGCUGCUUCACCUGUUAGCUUGCCACCUGCUUUCUGGGGUUUUUCGCUUUGAUUGUUGAUAUCAUAUAUUUCAAAUCAGUUUGGAUAAGAAUCAGCUUUUGAGAUGCACCAGAAACAAAGUUGGAAUUCCAACUAGCUAGGAUGAGAUCAUGAGAUUGAGAUAUAUCUGCCCCUAUGUGUUUCCAACAAUAUCCAGGAACUGGGUAGAUAUUUUGUUUUUUAAUUGGCAUUAAACUCGGAGAAUCCGGAUCCCAAGUUUUGUUUCAGAUUAACUGCUGGAAUUGAUAAUAUGGAGAGACAAAGCAGUUUUCGAACAGCAAGGAUAGAAAAACAAGUGAGUUUCAAUGAGGCAAUCGAGAAACAGCCUAGUUUUCGUGGGGCAAUGGAGAAACAGAAGAGUUUUCGCGGACUUAUGGAGAAGCAGAAGAGUUUUCGAAUAGUAAUGGAGAAGCAGCUGAGCUUCAUUGGGGGCGGCAGUAGUGAAAGGAGGAAGAGCAAGGAAUCACCUGGUAAAAGAGGUGACUCCCAACUCCACUUGGCGGCUCGAGCAGGGAAUUUAGCUAGAGUGAAAGAGAUUGUUGGGAAUUGUAAUACUAGUACUAGUAGUAGUGAUGCAAUUGGUUUAUUGAUGUCGAAGACAAACCAGGAGGGAGAGACUCCCUUGUAUGCCUCAGCAGAGAAUGGUCAUGCCAUAGUUGUCAGGGAAAUGUUGAAGCAUAUGGACCUUCAGUCCGCAUCCAUUGCAGCCAGAAAUGGCUAUGAUCCAUUCCACAUUGCUGUAAGACAGGGCCAUCUUGAUGUGUUGAAAGAACUUCUGCAAGUGUUCCCCAACUUGGCUAUGACCACAGACCUAUCGAAUUCGACUGCCUUGCACACAGCUGCUACUCAAGGGCACAUUGAGAUUGUAGACCUACUCUUGGAAACAGACUCAAAUCUUGCUAAGAUAGCCCGCAAUAACGGUAAGACUGUGCUUCAUUCAGCAGCAAGAAUGGGGCACUUGGAAGUUGUCAAAUCCCUACUAAGCAAGGAUCCGACCGCUGCUUUUAGAACAGACCUCAAAGGCCAAACUGCGCUCCACAUGGCUGUGAAAGGCCAGAACGAGGAGAUUGUGCUGGAGUUGAUAAAACGUGACCCCUCAGUUUUGGCUGUAGAAGAUAACAAGGGAAACACAGCAUUGCAUAUUGCUACACGAAAGGGUCGUCUUGAGAAUGUACGUUGUCUAUUGUCCAUUGAGGGAAUUAACAUCAACGCAAUUAACAAGAGUGGGGAGACUCCAUUUGAUAUUGCAGAAAAGUUUGGAAGUUCUGAACUUGUGUCAGUGUUAAAGGAAGCAGGGGCCAUAAAUUCUGGAAAACCUGCAAAUCCAGCUAAGCAGCUGAAGCAGACUGUGAGUGACAUAAAGCACGACGUCCAGUCCCAACUCCAGCAGACACGUCAAACUGUUGUUAGAGUCAACAAAAUUGCAAAGAACUUGAAGAAGCUCCACAUUAGCGGCCUUAACAAUGCUAUAAACUCCGCCACUAUAGUUGCUGUGCUCAUUGCCACCGUAGCGUUCGCGGCCAUCUUCACCGUUCCAGGCCAGUAUGUAGAAGAUAAAACACCGGGGUAUACGCUUGGUCAAGCCCACAUAGCAAAAAAUGCAGCUUUCAUCAUCUUCUUCGUGUUUGACAGCCUGGCACUAUUCAUCUCCCUUGCUGUUGUGGUGGUGCAGACAUCUGUCGUUGUGAUUGAACAGAAGGCGAAAAAGCAGCUUGUUUUUGUGAUAAACAAGCUCAUGUGGUUGGCUUGCCUCUUCAUUUCGAUUGCUUUUAUUUCCCUGACUUAUGUAGUGGUGGGUUCACAGUCAAGGUGGCUUGCUGUGUAUGCAACUGUUAUAGGCAGUACAAUCAUGCUCACUACUAUUGGUUCCAUGUGCUACUGUGUCAUCUUACACAGGAUGGAGGAGUCCAAAUAUAGGAACAUUCGGAAAGCUGAGAGCAGGUCCCGUUCCUUCUCUACGUCUGUGGCUUCAGAACAUGAGAUCUUGAACAGUGAAUAUAAGAGGAUGUAUGCAUUGUAAGAAGCUUCAAGCACAGGUGAUGGAUGCAAGUUGAGAUUGGAGCCAGGCUCUUUAACAAUAAAUCAAACACAAGGCUUCAGUUGGCAGGGUAACCAGUGUAUUUAGGAUACUAGACUGGGAGGAACUACGGUGGUGUUCUUGAUUAACCAGUCAGAUUUCUGUUGUAUGAACCAAUGCACAUGAUGUAAAUGAGGACAUAUGUAGAAAUUUGUAGGAGCCUCUCGAUUGAAGAGUAUUAUUCGGUUAAGCAACCAAAUUUAAGAGG